AUGUACUACUGCAGAGCUCUGCCCAAGGGCCUUCGAACGGAGACAGCAAGCAAAGCCAGAGACGCCACGCACGCGCUGGGACAUGAGACGGGUAGAAAGGGGAUGAUGAGGAGGAGGAGGAGGAAGGAUGGGACGAUGUCGCGCUACACUGCGCUGCUGACGCGGCACGGCUGGCACAGUACGAUCCGAGCCACGAGUGUGGACUGCGCUUCGUCAGAAGCACUGGUCCGACCCUCGGACGUGGCUGGCGAUGAAAUACGCCGACCCUGCCGACGUGUGCGAGAAAUUUGUCCUUCGAAGACUCUCCCCGUCCCUCCGUAG